CCAUUCCCAUUACACUGCAUUUAAUUUCUCUCUCAUCAUAUCCUCUCUCUCUCUUUCUCUUUCCUUGUCUCUCUCUCUCUAACUCUGCCUCCUAAUGGAGAACCAGAACCAGAACUCGGGGCGGCGCCACCGCGAGAAUUCGGCUUCGGCGUCGUCGUCUUCGCGGAGGAGCUUGAAGAGGAAACUUGACGAGGAGUUCGGCGACGAUCGCGGAAGGAUCGGCGGUGAAUCGCCUCCCGAUUCGCACCAAGAUCUCGUGCGGGAAGUCCGCACUCAAGUUGAGAUCCUCGAUUCCGCUUUCUCCUCCAACGAGCAAGAUCGCGCGUCCGCCAAACGCGCCAUACACGUCCUGUCCGAACUCGCCAAGAACGAGGAUAUCGUGAAUGUGAUAGUCGACUGUGCGGCGGUCCCAGUGCUGGUAAAGCAUCUACAGGCUCCGCCGCCGGUGAGGGAGGGAGAAAGUGGUCCAAGACCGUACGAGCAUGAAGUGGAGAAAGGAAGUGCUUUCACUCUUGGACUUCUUGCCAUUAAACCGGAGCAUCAGCAGCUCAUUGUCGAUGCGGGAGCUCUUCCCCAUCUUGUGGAUCUGUUGAAGAGGCAUAGCUAUAGUCCUCACUCUCGGGCAGUAAAUGGUGUCAUUAGGAGAGCAGCUGAUGCAAUCACUAAUCUUGCUCAUGAGAAUAGUAGCAUUAAAACCCGUGUUAGGAUUGAGGGUGGUAUCCCUCCUCUUGUUGAAUUGCUCGAAUUUGCGGAUCCAAAGGUGCAGAGGGCAGCAGCUGGAGCCCUUCGGACUCUCGCUUUUAAAAAUGAUGAGAACAAAAACCAGAUUGUGGAAUGCAAUGCUCUACCAACGCUUAUACUAAUGCUGCGAUCUGAGGAUGCUGCCAUACAUUAUGAAGCGGUUGGUGUUAUUGGUAAUCUGGUCCACUCAUCUCCAAACAUUAAGAAGGAAGUCCUUGCCGCUGGAGCUUUGCAACCUGUAAUUGGAUUACUCAGCUCCUGCUGUUCGGAGAGCCAAAGAGAAGCUGCUCUACUUCUUGGGCAAUUUGCUGCAACAGAUUCAGACUGUAAGGUGCACAUUGUUCAAAGAGGUGCUGUGCCUCCACUCAUAGAAAUGCUCCAAUCACCAGAUGCUCAAUUAAAGGAAAUGUCAGCCUUUGCCCUGGGGAGGCUAGCUCAGGAUACUCACAAUCAAGCUGGUAUUGCUCACAGUGGUGGGAUAGUGCCUUUGCUGAAGCUUCUUGAAUCCAAAAAUGGAUCUCUGCAGCAUAAUGCUGCAUUUGCUCUUUACGGGCUUGCAGAUAAUGAGGAUAAUGUUGCAGAUCUUAUUAGGGUGGGAGGUGUUCAAAAACUUCAAGAUGGUGAAUUUAUUGUCCAACCUACUAGGGAUUGUGUAGCCAAGACACUAAAAAGACUUGAAGAGAAGAUCCAUGGGCGGGUAUUGAGUCAUUUAUUGUACAUGAUGCGUGUGGGAGAAAAGAAUGUUCAGAGACGUGUGGCUCUGGCUCUUGCACAUCUUUGUUCUCCUGAUGACCAAAGAACCAUCUUCAUUGAUAACAAUGGACUGGGGCUUCUUUUGGAGCUUCUGGAAUCCACUAACCCAAAGCACCAAAGAGAGAGUUCCAUGGCAUUGUGCAGGUUGGCUAAUAAAGCAAGCUCACUCUCUCCCAUUGAUGCAGCUCCGCCAUCCCCAAUACCUCAGGUAUAUUUGGGCGAGCAGUAUGUAAAUAACCCUACAUUGUCUGAUGUGACAUUUUUAGUUGAAGGAAAACGGUUUUAUGCACACAGAAUUUGUUUGCUUGCUUCAUCUGAUGCAUUUCGAGCUAUGUUCGAUGGUGGUUACAGGGAGAGAGAUGCGAAAGACAUAGAGAUUCCUAAUAUUAGAUGGGAUGUUUUCGAGUUGAUGAUGAGGUACAUAUAUACAGGAUCUGUUGAUGUCAACUUAGAUAUUGCACAAGAUCUUCUGAGGGCUGCUGAUCAGUAUCUAUUGGAGGGUCUGAAGCGUCUGUGUGAAUAUACCAUUGCACAGGAUAUAUCAGCGGAGAAUGUGUCUCUCAUGUUCGAGUUAUCAGAGGCGUUUAAUGCUUUGUCUUUGAGACAUGCGUGCAUUCUAUUCACCCUUGAAAAGUUUGACAAGUUAUGCAUCAUGCCAUGGUAUCCUCAGCUGAUCCAGCGUAUCUUACCAGAGACCCGAAAUUACUUUGUGAGAAUGCUGACCAGACCCAUCCAUGCCGAAUUAAGACGGUAGGUGGUCGGGGCAGCAGUUUUGAUACUGAUAUCUGACUAAUUAGUGACCCAGGAGAAUGUACAGAAAUUGGAUAGUUUUCUCUUGAGUAGGUGAACAGACAGGGAAGCCCAUUUGUUGUCUUGGUCUGGAAGCACUCUAAUUUCCCCUUUAAUGCAAAAUUGCUGGAUAAUGAUGGUUUACUCUUGGACUA